AUCACUGUCCUGAUAGAGAAAAACAGAGAGGGGAUGGGGAGUGUUAGCCAGCAAGAUAGCAACGUAGAGCGCAGACGAGGCUGAUUGCCGUUUUUUUCCCCCUCAUUCUCUUUGACACACACACACGGUUUUGUGCACAUGCGCACGCACAGAGUGGGACGCACUUGACAGCAGAGAGACGCAACAUCCGCAUCGCCGGCUGUGCCCACCCGCAUCCCUCUCUCUCUCUCUCCCAGCCCCUUCUCUCCCUGCGUGGCACCUCAUCCUGCCGUCCUGUCCUCCCUCGGCUGUCUGUCACCGUGGCGACACAGCCUCCGCAGCCAUGGCGACCAGCCAGCAGGAUUCGGGCUUCUUUGACAUCAGCAUCAAGUCUCUGCUCAAGUCCUUAGGAGGGACCUCUCCAGUGGGACAGAAGCCGCCCCUCCCGCCAGUCAGUGGAACCUUGGGAGAUAGGAAGGGUCCUGUCGUCAUGGCGCCCGUCAACGUGGACCCUGAGAGCAAGCCGGGCGAGUUCGUCCUAAAAAGCUUGUUUGCCAACUUCACCUUGCUCUCCGAACGCAAGAUUCGCAUCAUCAUGGCUGAACCGCUGGAGAAGCCACUUAACAAAUCUCUGCAGAGGGGAGAGGACCCACAGUUCGACCAGUUCAUCAGCAGUAUGAGUUCUCUAGCAGAGUACUGCCUGCCGUCCAUCCUGAGGACGCUGUUUGACUGGUACAAGAGGCAGAACGGUCUCGAGGACGAGUCCCACGAGUAUCGACCCAGGGCCAACACAAAGUCGAAGAAUGACGAGCAACAGAAAGACUACCUAUUGGAGCGGAGGGAUCUGGCAAUAGACUUCAUAUUUUCUCUGGUGCUUAUAGAGGUUUUAAAGCAGAUCCCCCUUCAUCCUCUUUUGGAUGGACUCAUCCAAGAAGUCAUAAACCUGACAUUCAAGCACUUCAAAUACAAAGAAGGGUAUCUGGGACCCAACACAGGCAACAUGCACAUUGUGGCUGACCUCUAUGCUGAAGUCGUGGGAGUUGUAGCUCAGUCCAGGUUCCCAGCAGUAAGGAAGAAGUUCAUCUCCGAGCUGAAGGAGCUGAGACAGAAGGAGCAGAGCCCCUACGUCAUCCAGUCCACCAUCAGCCUCAUCAUGGGACUCAAGUUCUUCCGCAUCAAAAUGUACCCGGUGGAGGACUUUGAAGCCUCCUUCCAGUUCAUGCAGGAGUGCGCACAGUAUUUCUUGGAAGUGAAGGAUAAAGAUAUUAAACACUCGUUAGCCGGACUCUUUGUGGAGAUACUUGUACCUGUAGCUGCUAACGUGAAGAACGAGGUGAACGUGCCGUGUCUGCGAAAUUUUGUAGAAAGUCUGUACGACACUACGCUUGACCUGUCCUCCAGGAAGAAACACUCUCUAGCUCUGUAUCCUCUGGUGACUUGCCUCCUGUGUGUCAGUCAGAAGCAGUUCUUCCUCAGCCGCUGGCACGUUUUCCUCAACAACUGCCUCUCAAACCUCAAGAAUCGAGAUCCAAAGAUGGCCCGUGUGGCUCUAGAAUCGCUCUACCGCCUGCUCUGGGUCUACAUGAUCCGGAUAAAGUGCGAGAGCAACACAGGAACUCAGAGUCGCCUGACGGCCAUCACCUCCACUCUAUUCCCCAAAGGUAGUCGGAGCGUUGUGCCCAGAGACAUGCCUCUGAAUAUUUUUGUCAAGAUUAUCCAGUUUAUUGCCCAGGAGAGACUGGACUUUGCCAUGAAGGAGAUCAUAUUUGAUCUGCUGAGUGUCGGGAAACCUGCCAAAGCCUUCAGUCUCAACCCGGAGCGAAUGAACAUCGGCCUGCGGGCGUUCCUGGUGAUAGCCGACGCUCUGCAACAGAAGGACGGAGAGCCUCCUAUGCCCAACACAGGAGCCACUCUGCCUUCUGGAAACUCUCUGAAGAAAAAGAAAACUUAUCUCAGCAAGACACUUACAGAGGAGGAAGCCAAACUUAUAGGUAUGUCCUUGUACUACUCCCAGGUACGGAAGGCUCUGGACAACAUCCUGAGACACUUGGACAAGGAGGUGGGUCGCUGUAUGAUGCUCACCAGCGUCCAGAUGCUCAACAAAGAACCAGAGGACAUGAUCACUGGUGAAAGGAAACCUAAAAUCGACCUGUUCAGAACAUGUGUGGCGGCCAUUCCUCGAAUCCUUCCUGAUGCCAUGUCCAAACCUGAGCUCAUUGACCUCCUCUCACGACUUACAGUGCACAUGGACGACGAGCUUCGUCUUAUUUCCCAGAAUUCCCUGCAGAGCCUGUUACUUGAUUUCUCAGACUGGAGGGAGGACGUCCUGUUUGGUUACACACAUUUCCUUUUGCGCGAGGUUCAAGACACCCAUCAGGGUCUGCAGGAUGCCUCGGUGAAGCUCCUUCUCCAGCUGCUCACUCAGUGGAGGUUGGCGCUGCAGCUUCAAGGAAAGACGCGAGGUGGAGUUGAGUCCAGCCCCAGACUGCCAGAGCGGAGCCCCCACUGCUCCGUGCUCCACGCGGUUGAGGGCCUGGCUCUGCUGCUGCUCUGCUCGUGUCAGAUCAGCACGAGGAAGCUGGCUGUCGGUGUGUUAAGAGAAAUACGCUGCCUCUUCACUGCCCUGGGACAUGCUGACGAUGAUGACAAACCCAUGAUCGAGGUGAUGGACCAGCUGAGCCCAGCUGUGAUGGACAGCUUUGUUCACGUCGCUGUCUCUGACUCGUCCACCUUGCCCCUCAGCCACCAUGUUGACCUCCAGUGGCUGGUGGAGUGGACGGCUCGGCUGGUGAGCAGCUCCUACGACGUGAAGAGCCCAAGCCAUGUCUGGAUCUUUGCCCUGUGUGUGAAGGACCCGUGGGUGCUCUGUCUGCACAUCUUCUUGCGGCAGGAGCACCUGCCCAAACACUGCCCCACUGCCCUGGGAUACGCCUGGCCCUACGCUUUCACGCGGCUACAGCUGCUACUUCCCCUGGUCGACCCCAACAGUCCUGUGAACGCUAAGAAGACCAGCACGGCAGGCUCCAGCGACAGCUACAUCUCCCUGUGGCGUAACUACCUCAUCCUGUGUCUAGGUGUGGCUAAACCCAGCAUCAUGUCGCCGGGUCACCUCCGAGCCUCCACGCCGGAGAUCACGGCCACCACGCCCGACGGCAGCGUCACCUACGACAACAAAGUGAUAGGCACUCCAUCGGUCGCCUGGCUUUUGAAACAGCUCGUCCCGCUGAUGAGAGCAGAGAGUUUGGAGAUCACGGAGUCUCUGGUGCUCGGGUUCGGAUGCACAAACGCUCUGGUCUUCAGGGAGCUAGUUGAAGAACUCCAUCCACUGAUGAAGGAAGCACUGGAACGUAGGCCGGAGAACAAGCGGCGCAGAGAGAGGAGGGACCUUCUCAGGCUGCAGCUGCUGAGGAUCUUUGAACUGCUGGCUAAUGCAGCCGUUAUUAGUGACAGCACAAAUGGAGCACUGGAGCGUGAUUCACUGGCCCUGGGUGCCUUGUUCCUUGAGUAUGUGGAUCUUACCCGGAUGCUUCUGGAGGCUGAGAAUGAGAAGGAGAUGGACGUGCUCAAAGACAUCAGAGCCCAUUUCAGCGGGAUGGUGGCUAAUCUCAUCCAGUGUGUUCCUGUCCACCACAGGCGCUUUCUCUUUCCUCAACAGUCUCUGAGGCACCAUCUCUUUAUUCUCUUCAGCCAAUGGGCUGGCCCCUUCAGUGUCAUGUUCACCCCCCUCGACCGUUACAGUGAUCGCAACCACCAGAUCACUCGCUACCAGUACUGUGCUCUGAAGGCCAUGUCAGCAGUUCUGUGUUGUGGCCCAGUGUUUGACAAUGUGGGUCUCUCUACUGACGGCUAUCUCUACAAAUGGCUGGACAACAUCUUGGCUUGUCAUGACCUACGGGUGCACCGGCUGGGGUGCGAGGUGGUCAUCCUGCUCUUAGAACUAAACCCGGACCAAAUCAAUCUGUUCAACUGGGCCGUGGACCGCUGCUUCACUGGGUCUUACCAGCUAGCUUCUGGUUGCUUCAAGGCCAUCGCCACUGUCUGCGGCAACAGGAAUUACCCAUGUGAUCUUGUGACUUUGCUCAAUCUGGUGUUGUUCAAGGCCUCAGACACCAGCAGGGAAAUAUAUGAGAUCUCGAUGCAGCUGAUGCAGGUGCUGGAGUCGAAGCUGUGUGCGUACUCCAAGCGAAUGGUGGAGCAGAAGCCCGGUAACAUUUUGUAUGGAACACACGGCCCUCUGCCUCCGCUGUACAGUGUCAACCUGUCUCAACUCUCCAUCCAGCUGGCCAGCAUGUACCCUGAGCUCACCUUGCCUCUCUUCUCAGAGGUGAGCCAGCGUUUCUCAACCACUCACUCCAACGGCAGACAGAUAAUGUUAUCCUACCUGCUGCCCUGGCUCAGUAACAUUGAGUUGGUGGACACGGGGCUCCUACCCCCACCCUCAAGCCCCUGCACACCAGAAGAAGAACCUUGCGGCCAGGGGCAGGGCAUGUCCCCCAGUCUGAGAGGCAACGGCUGGGGCUCCUUACAGGCGACGUCACUGGUGCUCAAUAAUCUCAUGUUCAUGACCGCUAAGUACGGAGACGAGGUUCCCGGCCCAGAGAUCGAGAAUGCCUGGAACGCUCUGGUGUCCAACGAGAGGUGGAGCAACAACCUGCGGAUCACCCUGCAGUUCCUCAUCAGCCUGUGCGGAGUCAGCAGUGAUACGACACUGCUGCCUUUUAUAAAGAAGGUGGUUAUCUACCUGUGUCGCAAUAACACCAUCCAGACUAUGGAGGAGCUCCUGUUUGAGCUGCAACAGACUGACCCUGUCAACCCUGUGGUGUUGCACUGUGACAACCCUCCAUUCUAUCGCUUUGCUGCCAGCAACAAAGCACCCACCUCACAGACAGGCACCACGUCCAGCAGUAACACUGUGGUGGCUGGUCAGGAGAACCUGGCAGACGCAGAUGAGAAGAAGCUGGUCAGAGAGAGUGAAGAGCGCAUGGCCAGGGCUCAUAACAGACUAGAGUCUCGCUACAGCAACAGCUCCGGGGGGUCCUACGAGGAUGAAAAGACCGACCCUCUCCCACCAUACGCUGGUUGGCUGCUGGGCGUUCUGGAAACCAACCACCCUCAGCCGCUACCCAUGCCGAUUAACGGAGGCUGCUGGGCUCCUCUGGUGGACUACCUGCCGGAAACCAUCACACCCAGAGGACCACUGCAUCGGUGUAACAUUGCAGUGAUCUUCAUGACAGAAAUGGUGGUGGACCACAGUGUGCGAGAAGACUGGGCUUUACACCUGCCCCUGCUACUACAUGCCCUCUUCUUGGGCCUGGACCACUACAGACCAGAGGUCUAUGAACACAGUAAACGUCUCCUUCUCCACCUCCUCAUUGCUCUCUCCUGCAAUAACAACUUCCAGGUAAUAGCUUCAGUUCUGAUGCUGACGAGAGAGAUAAGUGACAACAAGACCCUCACUAUUAAGUCCAGCUACCACACAGAGUACCAGCAGUCCCAUACACCUGACUUCCUGCGAGAGUGGCAGGCGUCUCCAAUGGCAGACUCUGGCCUCAGCUCAACCUCCAACUCCUCCUCUGCCAGUCUCGGUGGCGGCAGCACUGCAGGCAGUGUUGGAAAUUUGCCCCUCGUAACACCCGAUGACCUGGAGGACCUGGAGGAUACGACCAACGAAACCGACGAGAAGACCAACAAACUCAUCGAGUUCCUCUCCACCAGAGCGUUUGGGCCGCUGUGGGUGCACGAGGACAUCACGCCGAGGAACCCCAACUCCAAGAGCACGGAGCAGCUCUCCAACUUCCUGCGGCACGUCGUCUCCGUCUUUAAAGAGUCAAAGUCCGAUUUCCAUUUGGAGCAUCAGCUGAGCGAUGUGGCUUUACAGACGGCUCUGUGCAGCUCCUCUCGUCACUAUGCCGGGCGCUCCUUCCAAAUCUUCCGAGCCCUCAAACAGCCAAUCAACAACCACGCUGUCUCUGACCUGGUCUCGCGCCUCGUUGAGGUGGUGGGAGAACACGGAGACGAGGUGCAGGGCUACGUGAUGGAAGUGCUGUUGACGCUGGAGUCGGUGGUGGUGAAUCUCGCGGAGUGUCUGAAAAACAGUGACCUUAUGGCAGCUCUGACCAGGACAUCCUCGCCAGACUUUGUUACUAGCGAGAAACUGAUGAACAGAAAGAGCACGGGCCAGUUGAACUUCCCCGGCCCGGGGUUUGUCGGCCUGUCGUCACAACGCCACCAGCGCUCCUACUCGGUCCCCAAGAAGUUCGGCGAGUGCGGCCACCAGUUGAAUGAUCCUCCUCGCAGUGCAACUUUGGAUCGCAUACAGGCCUGCAACAGUCAUGGCCUCGCCCGAACAGGAAGGACCCCUGGGUCCUGCACGUCCUCCACCAACCGCAUCGAUCCAAGCGUCCUAUCGGACCCCGCCCACGUCUCCCAUCCUUCAACAAUACUGGCCACAGUCUUCUGGGUGGCGGUGGCCCUCAUGGAGUCCGACUUUGAGUUUGAAUAUCAGAUGUCACUACGCCUCGUUCACAAGCUCCUGUCGAAGGUGCCCUUAGACCGAGCCGAAAACCGCGAGCGCCUGGAGAAGCUCCAGGCUCAGCUGAGGUGGAGCGGAUUCUCUGGGAUUCAGCAACUUUUGUUGAAAGGUUUCACCUCGCAGGCCACCUCUGACCUCACCUUGCAGCUCUUCUGCCAGCUCACGCCAGUCUCCCGCGUGCCUGUUGUCGACAGCUCUCAGUCUAUAGGUUUCCCUCUGAAUGUGCUGUGUCUGCUGCCUCACUUGGUGCAGCACUUUGGCCAUCCAACUCAGUUUUGUAAGGAGAGUGCUGAGAGGAUCGCACAGGUGUGUUUAAUGGAGAAGAACACAAAGCUUUCCCAUUUGGCCCAUGUGAUGACUCUCUAUAAGACACGUUCUUACACACGGGACCCCUUCUCCUGGGUCAGUGUGGUUUGCCGCUACCUCCAUGAAGCCUUCUCCGAAAUCACACUCAACAUGGUCACCUACAUGGCUGAGCUGCUGGAAAAGGGCCUUCCCAGUAUGCAACAGUCUCUCCUCCAGAUCAUUUACUGCCUGCUCAGCCACAUGGACCUGACUUCCGUACAAGUAAAACAAUUCAACGGUGAUGUCACCAAAACCAUUGAGAAGUUUGUUCAGACUGUUCACUGGAAGGAUGCCUUAAACAUUUUGAAGCUGGUGGUCUCACGCUCUGCCAGCCUGGUUCAUCCGGUCUACGGCCACUCACAGGGCGACCUGUCCAACCUGGAGGUCAGCAGAGUGUGGGACGGUUCAGCCAAGGCUCUGCCUGGGAAAACACUGGACUUCACCUUUGACAUCUCUGAGACUCCAGUGAUUGGGCGUCGGUUUGACGAGCUUCAAGGCUCGGGGGGCAGAGAGGGAAAGGCCAGAGCCAUGGCUGUAACGCGGAGCACUUCCUCCACCUCUUCUGGAUCCAACUCCAACACUAUCCUGGUGCCCGUCAGCUGGAGGCGGCCGCAGUCCUCUCAGAAAAGAACCAGAGAGAAGCUGGUGAACGUUUUAUCUCUUUGUGGACAAGAAGUUGGACUCACCAAGAACCCAUCUGUGAUCUUCUCGUCGUGUGGCGACUUGGACAUGAUGGAGGUGCGGGAGAGUGGCGUGUCAUCAGAGGAGGGUGGAACCAGAGAGGACACACUAGACGACACCGCCAGCGAGCAGCAGUUCAGGGUUUUCCGAGACUUUGACUUCCUGGAUGUGGAGCUGGAGGACGGAGAGGGCGAGAGCGUUGAUAACUUUAAUUGGGGCGUGCGUCGGCGCUCUCUGGACAGCACGGAGCUGGGUGACAUGUUGGAGGAGAGCCAGCACUCAGGCAGCACCCCUAGUCUUGGUCACGAGGACCCCCACGAUUCAGACGAGUCCUCGGAGGAAGAGGAGUCUUCAACCAGCCAGAGCCUCUCUCACUCUCAGCUCACGAACCCUUCUCCAUCGGAGGAAACGAAUCACACUGAUUCUCUGUCUACUUCUUACGACACAUCUGCUGAUGCACAAUCCCUCAACGCUUCCACACCGGGGCAGGGAGCGCUGCACGAUUACCACAGUGGCCUAGAUGGGAAGUUGUGUGCGGGGGACGAGGACACUCAGGUCCAGGAUGACGAACUGUCGCUGAGCGCCAACGAGCUCCCUCAUGGCUCGGACUUCGGCGAGAGUCUCACCCUGGAGUUGCCGGACCAACCUCUGGAUCAUCUGCCCAAUCUGGACCACAGCCUCAGUGCAGACUACUGCCAACCACCGCUGGACUUUCUAGACCCCAACUGUCUGCCCAGCUUACGUGAUGAUGUAGAUGACUUGGAAGACCUCGGUUUUCCUCCUCCCCCCUCUCCAUUUUUCUCCGCCAUCUUGGCAGCCUUCCAACCCACAGUGUGUGACGAUGCUGAGGAGGCAUGGCGUUGUCACAUCAGCCAGCUUGUGACCGACUCCGAUGGGUCCUGUGCUGUCCACACUUUUCAAGUCUUUUCAUCUCUCUUUACGAACAUCCAGGGGAAAUUCUGCCUACUGACCACUGAUGUUGCCACUUACCUUGGAGAGGGCCUAAGGGGCAUUGGAUCAAAGUUCCUCAUGUCGUCUCAGAUGCUAACCACUUGUUCAGAUUGUCCUAUGAUCUACAUUGAUGCUGACACAAUUAUUUCAUAUGGUCUCCUUGAAAAAAUGAAGUUCAGUGCACUGGAGCUGCAGGAGUACUUGGACACCUACAACACCAGAGAGGACGCAGCUAUAUCGUGGCUGAGGAACUGUAAGGACACAUUUCCCAGGUGCCCCGGGGAUAGUGUGGUAACCUGCCAGCCUGGAGACUCAGAGGAGAAGCAAUUGGAGCUUUGUCAGAGGCUCUACAAGCUGCAUUUCCAGCUCCUCCUACUAUUCCAGUCCUACUGCUCUCUCAUUGGUCAAGUUCAUGCUAUCAGCUCUGUGCCUGAGCUCCUGAACAUGUCUCGAGAGCUCUCCGAUCUGAAGACCAGCCUGCAGGUGGCUGAGGCGGCCGUAGCCAGCGACCUAGAGCACAAACACUUGGCCCACACUCGAUCGCACGCCACGGAGGUGGCAGCCAUGGUUGUGCCCAGCUUCUCCUCCUCAGAGGCAGCUGUGCAGGCCAUACUGGAGUGCCUUAAGAACCAUGAGUUCACCAAAGCCGUGCGCUACAUCCAGGAGUGCAGGAGGCAGUGGCCCUGCGGCGUGUUUGGCGGCGGCUCGGAAAGCGAGGUGCAGACGCUGCUCAACGUCUAUUUCCGCCACCAGACGCUGGGCCAGACGGGCACCAUUGCCCUGGUGGGUUCCCGCCAGGACCUCAGCCUGAUCUGCUCCAAGCUGCUGGAGCUCAACGGGGAGAUCCGGGACAUGAUCUGCCACGCCCAGGGCUACCGGGUGGUCACGACCUACCUCCCCGACUCCAGCGCCUCCGGGACCAGUCUCUGACAGGAGCUCAGGAGCCCCCCGCCCCCUCCUUCGCCACCCUUACCUCCCCCGCGCCCGCCCUCGCAACCGUUGACGCUUCCGAAGCCGCCUCGUCAUCUGCAUGGCAACGGACGGCUACCUGCCUAUCGCCUCGCUCGGCGCCCUCUUUAGAUUACGACGUCCCUCUGCUCUCCUCACCCACAUCCGCUGUAGAGUCUGAUCCCGCCUUAUUCGAUUUGCCCAAACCGCCGGACUUGUUCUCGCCGCGUAGCUGCUCAAACCCGCCAGGCCGACCGCAUUUUCCGUUGCCGCAAGCGCAAGAGUCGCAGAGGCUUUGCCUCAAUGAGAGCGAUGGCCUUCACCAUCCUUUCAGAGGACAUUCGUCGCACAGUUCGCUGCUUUUACAUACACACAGGAGCUCACACUGGAUACCGUCUCGUAUAUCCGGCAUGCUGCCAACAGUAACCUCGGAACCGACCAGGCUCACGCAUUUAAACUUAAACGCAUGUCCCGAAGGCCCACAGGGUUCACAUCUCCCCGAUUUCCCCCGCUCUCCCUACAAACACUUAGGUUUAUCCCCAAUGGGACACCCGGGCCAAGAGGCCAUGAUAUACCAUGGCCCGGCCCCAUCUUCAUCCCUUCUCCUUCCUCCUACUCCUCGCCCCACCGGCCCAGGAGAGGCUGCGAUGUGGGGUUGCUGUUGUUCCCUCGCUGGAGCUUCUGCGCCCUUAUCUCGCUACCUCUGGAAGGUGAGGCACGCCGCCCUGCCCCUAUUGAAAGUAGGGGGGCUCCUGAAUGGCGAACCCUCCGACGUCCAGACCUAAGACGUAAGCUUACUGUGCCAGAGGACCUAAAGGGCUGAGACUUGAAUCCUAAAAGAAGCCAACUGUCCUUGAGCAACCCUCCGAUCUUCAUAUCUGAAAAGCAGAGGAUGACGUCCCAGAGGUACUGAUUUUACACAUUUAAAAACAUUGAAUCGUGAUAUUCCCAGAUAUGACGGGAUCACUGAACCGACUAGAUACAACCUGGACUGCUGCCUUGUGAUGAACACGACCUGAUGGGAUUCCAUGCGAGCGCUAACAUCGCUACGGCUACAUGCCGCAGGGUUGAUGCGCUUCGAGUGUGAGUCCUGCCUUAGGGUCAUCACACGGCACUACAUCUGUUCUGCACCUGACGACUUGUGAAGGCUUUAAGCUUUGAGUUCUGACUUGAUUCCCAAAAGAACUUAAUGGAACUGACCCUGCCUCUGACAAAAAAGGACGCAGUGUGCUUAUUAGUAUUGACAGAGACAGUGAGGAAACUACUCGUGUCACUGUGUCAAAACACUGGUAGAGUUUCCGCUUUUGCACUAAAUGGAACUUUGGUAUUAGUUUUUUAAAAAGUUGUUACAGAAAGGUUGUUGUUUGUGUUUUUUGUCACUGAAAGAGGAAAAAGGCUGUCGCUCUCACUGAGAAGCCAAAAGCUGGAAUAACUUCUCCCCUGUUGCGUCUACUAUUUUGAGACCUCCCUUGGUGGAAAUUGUGCAAUGCAUGACCCAGAUGAAUGCUUUUCACUGUACUAGCCUCCCUUCGGCUCCCUAAAAGUCUGACCCCUCCAGACUGACUGAAAGACUGAUCGACAACGAGCGGAAGCAGAAUAUUAGAGCGUAUCUCCCCGUGCCGCCCCAGCUCUGUUGAUAUUGUGCAUCAGUGAACCAGCUCGUCUCCGGACCCCCGUUGUAAACAUCUGUGCACUCCUCUGUGGCAAGUUGUAGCAUCAUUAGCGAGCGUAAACACUGUAUAUUUCUCACUGUAACACGUUGACCUUGUGUUUUCAUGCUAGGAGGAAGGUGCAUGUACACACUUGAAAUAUUGUCCUUUUCUGUAUACUAUUAAUAGUUAUGGGCACACGACUAUUGUAGCACAUGUUUGUGUGUUGUUUGUAGGUACCUUUCACGCAAAGGAAAUGCUGACAUUCAGCACUUUGUUGGCGUUCAAAACAAAACCCUGUGCUACUACUGAAGUCCAACGCUUCCUGCCGUCAACCCUUUUGUGACUCCUUGGUUACCCCUCCCCCCAUUUGCUGUACAAAUAUAUUUUUCCUAUUUAUAUCUGAUCGGUUUUGAAUCGCUCAUUUGACUUGGGUUUUAUAUCAAUGUUAGUUUCCCUCAAACUGCCAUGCAUGACUCUUGAAGUGUUUGAAUUUAUUUAACAAAAAUCAUAUUUUAUCUGAAAGAUACAUCUGUGUGAGGUACAAAAGGGGGCUUUAAGCCCAUGUGGGUAUGUUUUUUUUUUUCUUUCCUGUGUGUGGGAGAACGUGUGUGUGCAUGCCAAACAACAAAUUGCACAUUUUUAAAGCUUUUUAGGUCAAGACUAGUUUUUUUUUCCUUCCACCUUGUAAAUACUUUUACAGCCUUUGUGAAGUUUUUUUAGUUGAUGCUCUGUACAAGUAUUUGUCAAAGUAAAAUACAUAUCAAGUUA